ACAUUCGAAGCUGCAGUUUAAUAAAGACAUGUACGUGAACAUUGUCAGCAAAAUGAGAAAGCAGUGAACUGGGUCGUAGAUAUAAAGGAUGAGAUUUUGGAGGCUCAUUCGACAAGUUAAGAGUAUGAAGAAACUUGUCGUUAUUUUUAGCUUCCUAUGGCAGUUCUCCACUUGUAUUGGAGGAUGCUACGACAUGAAACAAACCAUUCAAACUGUUUCGGAUUGUCCCCGCACGGAGGCUGAAUGGAAUGUUAGGGCAGUGAUGAAGAACUGUGCUGCAAUGUGUUCAGAUUUUAGUUAUCAUUGUCUGAUAACUAAAGAAAUGAAUGCAACGAUAGAAGUAUGCGCGGAGCCAAAAUAUAUUCAAGGAUACUGUACAUACUUUGAUACCGCCGACGAGAGAAUCAAAGGCCUUUAUGCUGCUGACUGUUCCAAGUACCAAAACCCAUGUCCAACAAGAUACCAUUCCACAGAAGCAUUUCUAUAUCAAGAUUGUUAUGAUAUGGUGAGAGCAUACGUCGCUGUUCAUCCAUCAUCUACAAGCUCUACACCAGUCAAUACCAACACAUUAACAAAUUCGACAGGAAACAGUUUAAAUAACACUUCUGAAGACAUGUCCAUAACAAUAAUUGUUAUAGCGAUUGUGGUAGUACUGGUAGUCAUUACAGUGAUUGGGGUGAUAAUAUUCAUCAGACUAGGAAAAUGUUCACUUCUGAAGAGGGACGCUGAAGCAGGAAACUUUCUUGAUAUAAAAAUCACAGAAGGAGGAGAUUUGAAGGAAAGGGAAAUUCUAUUAGACGGCAACGCAUCGAAAGUCGAAGAUGAGGCGCCUGACUUCACUGAAGAAAUAAGAAGACUUAAAGAAGAAUAUGAAGCAAAAAUAGCAGAAUUUAAUAGGGAAAUUGAAAUUUUGAAAUGUCAAACUGAGAAGGAUAUGGACGAUAAAGAAAAGUUAAAGCGACAAGUUUUGGAGAAAAACAAAGAAUGCAAAACUCUUAACAAUAGGUUACAAGAAGCAAAGGGAAACAUUCGAGUACUUUGCCGCAUUAGGAAAAGUGAAAGCACCAAUUGUCUAUCAGCCACAAAAACGACUGUUAUAAUUGACAGAAAUACAGACCCACCGAAAAAAUUCCCAUUUGAAAGAGUCUUCGAUGCAAACAGUACCCAGGAAGUAGUUUAUGAAGAAAUCAGCGAAUUAAUAAGAAGUUUCCUGGACGGAUACAAUUUAUGCAUCUUUGCCUAUGGUCAAACAGGGUCUGGUAAAACAUACACUAUGGAGGGACCUCAAGGAAAGAAUGCGGAAAUGAAACAUCAAGGGAUUAUACCCAGGGCAAUGAAGCAAGUGUUUAGAAGUGUUGAAGACUUUGAAGUGUGUGGAUGGACUUAUCAGUUUCGUGCAUCAUAUUUUGAACUCUACAAUGAAGCGAUACAAGACUUGGCAAAGGGUUCGAAUGAUGAAGGAAAGAAUUUGACUAAGGGCGCAACUGAAAAUAAUAGAACAUCGAAACCAAUUAUUACUGAAAAGGAAGUGAAAACCACGGAAGAGGUAAUGAAGUUCUACGAAGAAUCGUCGAAAAAUAGAACAUCUGCUAAAACUGCGCGCAAUGAGAGAUCAUCCAGAAGUCAUGCAAUUUUUCGGCUCAAAAUGAAUGGAAAAGUUGAAAAUAUCGAAGGAAGUCAAGACACAUGUUCUGGGACAAUGACUCUGGUAGAUUUGGCCGGAAGUGAACGAUUGGACGAUUCUGCGAACAUUAGUACAAAUACAGAAACAAAAAAGAUAAACUUGAGUUUGCUGGAACUGACGAAAGUUCUUCGCUCUCUUCGGAGAAAGGAAAAACCAGUAUAUCGAAAUUCAAAACUGACACACUUGCUGCAAGAUUCUUUAGGAGGAAACAGUAAAACACUUAUGAUUGUGAAUGUUUCUCCGUCAGAAGAUUGUCUAAAGGAAACGGAGAGGACUUUGGAGUUUGGAAGAGAGGUCAGCAAAGUAGUGCUUGAAAACGUUGCACGAAAAAAUAAAUAAUGCCAUGUUACUUAAGAAGAUUUUACAAUGCUAUUUUAUUGUGUCCUCUGCUAAUUUUUAAAAUUAUUUGUUGUAUAUUGCUUUGUUAAUUGAUACAAUGUGUACGAUAUCAGGACUAAACAAGAGAUAAUUCUGUUUAAUUCAACUAUAUGCAAGUUCGUAAGUAUUUCUAGUUUACCUAUUAUGUAAUCGGUUUGUCAAUAUUUUAUACAUUGUAUUCAGUUAAGUGAAAGUGAAUACUAUUGAAAUAUGUAAUUGUCAUUUACUUAGUAUUCUAAAUUUUUUUUGUCAACUUUUAGAUAAUACUCUCUCUCUUAUUCUUCUUUAAAAGAUGAUAAAACGCUUUUUUUUCCAACUAAAAAAUCAUACAGAUUAACAUAUUGUUUAAUGCAAUUACGAUAUUGUCUUAUUGAGUGAAAAAAACAGUUCUAAUGAUCGAUACGUUUACCUUUUCGUUGUAAAAGUGAUGUACAUUUAUAAUCACUAUAUAUGCAUUGCUGAUUAAAACAAUUUCAUUCUAGGAAAUCGAAAUAAGUUUUUAAAAUGAAUAACUUUAUUAUACGCCCUCCCAAAAGGAGAAGGGGUAUACUAUUUUACCAUUGUCUGUCUGUCUGUCCGUCCUUCUGUUUGUCCGUCUGUCUGUCUGCCCAUAACAAAAAUUUGUUGAAUUGUUCUCAGCAACUAUUUAUCGCAAAUGCUUGAAAUUUUAACACAUUAUUUUUAAGGCAUAUUUUAUCGUGGGAUAUAUUUUUGUACCAAUCGAACGUCAACUUCCUGUUUAAUGACGACUUUAUUUAUUUUUAGCCAAUAGCUCAAACAAAUUUUCCUCACAGAUUUCUCAGCAACUAUAUAUUGCAGAUGCUUGAAAUUUUAACACACUAUUUAUUUAGGCAUGCCAUAUUGUGGGAUAUAUUUUUGUACCAAUCGGACGUCAACUUCCUGUUAAAUGUCGACUUUGCUUAUUUUGCAUAUUCACGUCAGAGCGGGGUUAUUACUAGUGAGUAUUAGCUCACAGAAAUCUUGUUUAAAUCUAGAUUUUCCUAACAAUGGCAAUUUCAUGUUAAUAACUUUUUUAAAUAUUUUGAUUAGUAUACGUACAUUCGUGUAUUUUUGUACUGGAUCAAAUCAGUUUCAAGACUUCUUCGUCUAAUAUUUUGGUCUAUUUGUGUUCUAUGUGGCAAUGCUUUGAAAGUAGAUUAACUCGAGAUAGAUUUCGUUUUUUGUUUGACUUAUGUCUUGUUCUUGGAUCUCCUUUUGUAUAGUACAUGUAAAACAUUCAUUUUAUCAUCAUCAUCAUCAUCCUUAUCAUCAUCAUCAUUGUCUGAUUGUGUCUUUCUUAUAAACUGAUUUUUCUUUACUCUUAUUUCAUAUAUAAGGAAAACAUCUUUAUAAGGUUGUUUUGCAAGAAUAUUAAAAUCACAACAAA